GGCCCACACGCGGCGUACUCCAGAAAAUGCGAGAAGUUUCAAUUGGAAAAGAAAAUAAUAAACAUAAAGGUCACAGAGAACAUCACCUUCCCGGAGGCGCGAAAGAGGUUCGCCUCUUUCCCUCUGGGGAGGUACGCCGACGCAGCUCGCCGGGGGGCGGAGCGGCGUCUUGUUUCGGCGGGGACCCAGUACCGCGAGUCGGACUUGGUCCCGCCCCCGCCCCCCCCUGGGUUGCCUCUUGCAGCCCAAUCUGUCGCCACACCGCUUGCUGAGGCAGCAGCGGAUGUGGCGCAAACCAGUUCUGUUGGGACCGGUGCCGCUCCCGCCUCGGCCUCCCCGUCCUCCAGUGCGUUGGAGGGUGCCGAGAUGAUGGACACCGCGGGCCCCGCACCGGAUCCCACCGCCACCGCACCGCCCGUGCCACCUGUGGCACCCCCGGGGGUGGCGGCUCAAACGAAGGGCUCCCGAAAGGGGGCCAAGUCCGGGGGGCCCGGCUCGACGGGCACCCCUCGGACAUCUGAUGAUGACAUGGAUGUCCGGCCGUUCCUGCCUGCCACGCAGCGCAAGGAGCGGCCUGUGACGGCUAAGCCUUCAGAAGGGCCUAAAAAGCCCAAGCCAAGAGUAACAGCCCCGAAAGACGACACAUGA